AAUGCAACCGUGUCAUAUGUGGGCCUUGUGGUGUUUACAUGCGUCGGUUGAGCCUUUGAUUGAGUGAGACAGAGAAAAAAUAUAAUUGUCCCCCACUUCCUUUUUUUCAUCCAGAAAUCUUGUUGCCCAAGUGAAGAAAAAAGGGUUGCCUUGGACACUUCUCACCUUGUUUUCUGGUAUGUUUUUUUUAUCGGCAAAGAGUUAUGUUAAUUUGAAAGAAGCUACGUGGCAUCAAGAAUGGGUUCAGGUGAUUGGUUUAAGACAAUAAUUAGCUCAAGAAAAUCAAAAGAAGGAAGAUCAAAGAAAUUAAAGGGAUCUUUAGCUUCAUGGAGAUUAAUUGUGUUGCAGACUAAGAUUUAUACAAGAAAAAAGUCCAAUGGUUUAGCAAAUGGAAUGAAAAGCGAAAAUCUAGAGUCAGAUGGGGUAUCAGUUGAAACUAUUGCUGCAACAAGGAUCCAAACAGCAUUCCGAGCUUAUAAGGCUAGAAAAUAUUUACACCGCUUGAGAGGAUUCACAAAACUGAAGAUCCAGACUCAAGGUUCCUCUGCUAAAAAACAAGCUGUUACCACUAUAACUUAUCUUCAUUCAUGGAGCAAGAUACAGGCUGAGAUUAGAGCUCGUCGUAUAUGUAUGGUUACAGAAGACAGAAUCAGGCGGAAGAUAAUACAUUCUCAACUAAAACUUGAGGCCAAGAUUCAUGACCUGGAGGUGGAAUGGUGUAGUGGUUCUGAAACCAAGAAGGAAAUCCUUUCAAGGUUACAUCAAAGAGAAGAAGCAGCAGUCAAGAGGGAAAGAACCAUGGCAUAUGCCUUCUCUCAUCAGUGGAGGGCCAGCUCUAGCCAAGGGCUAGGUAAUUAUGAACUUGGCAAAGCUAGUUGGAGUUGGAGCUGGAAGGAUCGUUGGAUUGCUGCACGCCCUUGGGAAAGCCGCGUACCAAGUGUAACAAACACUAGCCCCGAGAAAGAUCAAAAUAAGAAGCCAAGAAAAGUUCAGAAGGAUAGGAAUUCACCAACAUCAAAAAAACCAGUUUCAGUUAAAACUCCUUCAGCUAAUGCUAAAGGGACAAAACCUUUAAGUAAUGCAAAAGGAACUACUAAAGCUAGAAGAAGGUUGUCUUACCCUGCUGCCACAGAGAAAAAAGCAGUGCCUGCUGAAGGAAAGCAAUGAGUACUCAGAACAAAAGCAUGCAUAUUUGAUCAAAGCCUACAUCAUCAUGUUAACAUUAACAGAGUCAAGUUCAGUUUCAAGUGGUUACAGUCAGUGUGUGUGUGUGUAAAGAUAAAAAGACAAUCUGUUUUUCUUUAUUCAUUGGAUUGCUUCCUUCCAAUUUGUGCAUAUGAAUGUGAGUGAAAUUCAAUGACCUUAGUGAUAGAAAAUGAACCAACAAACUUGCAUAUGUGUGUUUUGGUGAUUGGUUUUUCUUUCUUCAAUCUUGUAUGUUUAGUGCA